AUGUCUCAGAGGGGUCAAAAACAACCUACUAAAUCUUCGCAGAAUAAUAUACGACCACAGGGUCAACAACAGGGUUCUGCGUCGUCGUCGUCGCAGGCGGCGAGGCCUAGCAGUGGAUUCUCAGCAUCUGAUUUAAAUAGGAUUGUUUUGGAGUAUUUGAAUAAGAAGGGAUACCAUAGAACAGAACAAAUGCUCCGUGUGGAGUCUUCUCGGACAUUAACACCAGUUGCUAAAACUUCGGUUGCCAGUAAUACCUUACCUCAGCAACCAUCUGGCACGAAUCAGGACAUUUCAACGAAUGGGAAGCCUGUGUCUAAUCCAUCAGCACCUUUAAAGAGGGAUGCCAAUGGUAACUUGAUUCACCAGGGACAAGUCACCCCUCAGCAUUAUUUCAGGGCAUAUGCGAUGUUAAAAAAUUGGGUUGAUUCAUCUUUAGAGAUGUAUAAGCCAGAGCUAUCGCGAAUACUGUAUCCGAUUUUCACAUAUGUCUUUCUUACUUUAGUUUCGAAGGAUCCAGUUCAGGCGAGAAGGUUUUUCGACAAAUAUUCACACGACUAUAAAGCUGUACAUGGUACUGAGAUUAACAAAUUGUUUAGUGUCAAUUCGGUAGAUCAUAUCAAAGAGAAUGAACUUGCUCAAGGGUUUCAAUCAAACAAAUAUCGUGUUUCAAUAUCUCGUACGACGUUGAACCUGCUGCUAUAUUUUUUAAAUGAGAAUGAGAGUGUAGGAGGGUCUUUGUUGAUUUCUAUUAUUAAUCAAAACUUAGAGCCCAAUGCUGUGGACAAUAUUACAUCUCAAGAAACAUUAACUGAUGGUAUCAAAGAUAUUUCUGCAGGUGCUAUUGAUGUAGAAAGCCAUAAUUCGGUUCCUGUCAAACUAGGUCCUUUCCCCAGGGAUCAGGAAUUUACUAAAGAAGUUGAGGUUGAGUUAAAGAGAAAAGACGAUCAGGAAGGUGAAAACGGUCUUGAUGAAAAUAGAAAAACCUUAGUAGAGGAGUAUAAAUCAAUUCUCGGUCAAGAUGUGAGUAGCUUGGGUCCCAAUGCAGGUCAGCUAGACUCCAUUAUGAGUACAAAGCACGAUGAGACAGAUGCUAUGCCAGAAAAAAAGGAAUCCGACGACAAGUCUGCUGAUAAAGUAGUUGCUCCCAGUUCUUCUGGUCAAUCGAUGGGAAAUACGUCAGUAGGACCAAAUGCUUCCAAUCCAACUAUAGUUGCAGCCACUCCUAAUGCACCUGCUGACCUUUCAAACCCCGUUAUGGAGUCCCCUACAAAAGAGAUGCUACCAUUACCACCGAAAACUGCAUUGGAUUUAAAGUUGGAAAUUCAGAAGGUUCGUGAAUCCCGUGAUGCUAUAAAGUUAGAUAACUUGCAGACAUCAGCUCCAAGUGUUUGUAUGUAUACCUUCCACAACACAAAUCGUGAUAUGACAUCUUUACAAUUCAGUGAGGAUUCCAGACUAGUAGCUGCGGGCUUUCAAGACAGCCACAUCAAAAUAUGGUCGUUGGAUGGUACUCCGCUAGAAAGUAAAUUACCUUCAAAGUCCAAAGAAGCAAGUAAUACGACAACUCUAAUCGGACAUAGUGGACCAGUGUACUCCGUAUCUUUUAGCCCUGAUAACAGGUAUCUGGUUUCUGCAUCAGAAGAUAAAACAGUACGGCUGUGGUCACUAGACACCUUUACUUGUUUAGUUAGCUACAAGGGUCAUAAUCAUCCAGUUUGGGACGUCAAGUUUUCUCCUUUAGGUCACUACUUUGCCACUGUUUCCCAUGACCAAACAGCUAGACUAUGGUCAUGUGAUCAUAUUUAUCCACUAAGAAUAUUUGCUGGUCAUUUGAAUGACGUGGACUGCGUUGCGUUUCAUCCAAAUGGUACAUAUGUUCUUACAGGUUCCAGUGACAAAACAUGUAGAAUGUGGGAUAUCCAAACUGGUGACUCUGUGCGUUUAUUUUUAGGGCAUACAGCAAGUGUUGUUUCUGUUGCAGUGUCGCCUGACGGUAGGUGGUUAACUACAGGUUCAGAAGAUGGAGUUAUAAUAGUAUGGGAUAUUGGUACUGGUAAAAGAAUUAAGCAAAUGAGAGGACACGGUAAGAGCGCUGUUAAUUCCUUAUCCUUCAACAAGGAGGGGAACAUAUUAGUCAGUGGUGGAGCUGAUCAGUCAGUUCGUGUAUGGGAUCUAAAGAAAUUCACCAACGAGCCUGCUUUAGAACCGGAGCAACCAUACUCAGGUUAUUCGGGCGAUAUGGAAACAAGCGUAAAUCAGGAUGUGAAGGAAUAUGGGCGCAGAAGGACCGUAUUCCCCACCCAAGAUUUAGUGGCCUCAUUCCACACAAAGAAGACACCAAUAUACACCGUUAAAUUUACAAGAACAAACUUGGUUUUAGCGGGCGGUGCAUUUACUGAGUAA